CAAUAGACUGUGGGACUGGCUCGCGCUGCUUCGUCAGGUGUAGGGCCGCGGAGUAUCCCAGGCGCCGGUAGCUGAGUUUGGCCGCGUCUGCAAGCUAGGUCCCAGGGGGUGGGGUAGGUUUCCCUGUUUCUUGUCGCCUUGUUUAGGCCUUAAACAGCGGGCUGAAGGCUGCAGCAGGUGCUAGGUAGCCUCCUCCCGGUCCUCUCGGUAGCUCUCGGGAAAGGCGGAGCGGGGAGGCGAGAGCAACUUAGACUCCUCGACCUCUCUUCCCGGUGACGGACGAAAAGUUCCCGUAGAAUUUCGCUUCACCGAGUGACCUUGAGCCCAGGGCGACGGUCAGCUUGUUCCUGGCUGCAGGAACUUUGUGAGAAUUUUAAUGCUUGGAAAAACUGUCUGUGUUUCAACUGGUGUACAUCCAAAAGUCUCAGUGUAAUAGCAGGAACAAAAUAUUCUAUCAGUCAGCUGACCAUAUACUUAAUGACUCCUAAAAUCUCGUGGACUUCUGAAGAAGCACCAUGGCCUGUGCCGCUGUUAUGAUUCCGGGGUUGCGGUGCUCUGUUGGAGCUGUGUGUACUCAGGGUGCUUCACUGAGAUUGACAGUCAGCACUGUGCGCCACCUUACUCUGACCAGCAUAAUGAAAUCCAAAAGGAAAACUGAUCACAUGGAGAGAACUGCAAGUGUCACUCGACAGGAGAUUGUGUCAGCAGCUAAGGUGUGUGGAGCUGCCAAUGAGUCACCGUCAGUGAAGAGCCUCCGCUUGCUUAUUGCUGAUCAAGACUUUUCCUUUAAAGCUGGCCAGUGGGUUGAUUUCUUUAUUCCAGGAGUCUCUGUGGUUGGUGGGUUUUCAAUAUGCUCCAGUCCCAGACUGCUAGAACAAGAGAGAAUGAUAGAAUUGGCAGUGAAAUAUACGAACCACCCUCCUGCCCUCUGGGUUCACAAUAAGUGUACACUCGACUCUGAAGUGGCUGUGAGAGUGGGUGGAGAGUUCUUCUUUGACCCUCAGCCUGCGGAAGCCUCUAGAAACCUCGUGUUGAUUGCAGGAGGAGUCGGAAUUAACCCUCUGCUUUCCAUCCUGCGGCAUGCAGCAGAUCUCCUCAGAGAGCAGGCAAACAAAGGACGUGGAUAUGAGAUAGGAACAAUAAAACUGUUCUACAGUGCAAAAAAUACCAGUGAACUCCUGUUUAAGAAAAAUAUCCUUGAUUUAGUAAAUGAAUUUCCUGAGAAGAUUGCAUGCAGUUUGCAUGUCACAAAGCAGACCACACAAAUCAGUGCAGAACUCAAGCCGUACAUCACGGAAAGAAGAAUAACAGAGAAGGAGAUAAGAGAUCAUAUUUCAAAAGAGACUUUGUUCUAUAUUUGUGGCCCACCUCCAAUGACCGACUUUUUCUCCAAGCAACUGGAAAACAACCAUGUACCUAAAGAACACAUUUACUUUGAGAAGUGGUGGUAGGAGGCAGAUAAAGACAGAAGAUAAAGAGGUGAGAUCUGCUCAGGAGAUCUCCUGUCCUUUGUGGCAUGAUUCAUUUUUUUUUUUUUUUUUUAUCUCUACUUGAGUUGUCUUAUUUUUUAAGGCUAUAAACAUAGUGACCAGCUGGAUAAUAAUUAAGCCAACUGACAGACUUAAAUGAUAAACUUUUUGCAGAGACCUCAUUGAUAAAGCUAUUUCUUACUAUACUGAUUUAUUAACAAUGAUUUAAUUGUAUCAUGAUAUACCAUGAUUGGUCAAUAUAGAUUUUUCUUUCGUCUUUAGGUAAGAAAGUGAUACAUACUUACAUUUAAUCAUAGGAAAAUGUGAUUUUUGAGUGUAAAAUGUGGGCUAGCUUUAAAUUAUUUGACAGCCAUCUAUAUAUCUUAUGUUUAAUUAUAAUUUAAAUACAUUCUUAAUAAUUUUACUUUGAAAAUUCUUUUUAGUGAAUGCCUUUGUUUACUGUACCAUGGCCUACAAUCUUAGUUAGACCAUCAAUGUUAAGUUUGGACAUGGAAAUUGUUAGGAAAACUGCUUUAGGGAGUUAAAUAUCCAGGAUAUUUGCUUUUUUGUUAACGAAUAUCCUAAGUGUGUAUCCUGGCUAAUUGUUAGUUUCUUCUCAAAUGAAACCCUUUCUGUCUUGGCUGUCUGCCUUAACGCUGUAGGAGGCAGCUUCUUGCUUGCGACAAAGGCAUUGGUGAUGUGUUCCAUGUUGAAUCUGCCUUCAGUGCUUGGGCUGGCUGGCUAUGGAAGUGUGCUUAGCAUUGUUUAGGGGGUAGAGAGCUGUUUCUAAAUCCUGGUUUUCUACUUUUUAUUUCACUAAUUUGUCAGAGUUGUUCUUGGCACCCGCAGGUCCUUAACACAUAUUUGUUGAAUGACUGAAAGAAACCAACUAAUGUUUUAACUCCUUGCUAAGUCUGAGAUUGGGAGGCAGUUCCCCAGAGUGGAUAGAAAGAAUGGUGGAGCCUUAUCCCAAAGCUGCUCUAAUGAAACUGCUAGAAAGCAGAUUGUAGUUCUUUGUUUAGAUUUUUAAAAAUCCAAAAGAAAUCCUGACUGAAGCCAGGCCAUUCCUUUUAGGACAAGUAGUCUUGGGCCCAAGGUUGCCUGCAUGGAGACCACAGAAGGGCGAAGAGAGCCUGGGAAGGACGGGGGAGUGCUGGAGACCUACGGAGCUCCAGUUGAGAUUCUUUUCUGGAGCAGACGAGAGAAGACAGGUUAGCCUUUCUUAGCUUUGUUGUGGCAGGCAUCCCAGGGACUUCUGGGCUUUAACACAUAUGAUUCAUGGGGCCUGAAGAUGACUGUAGCUUCUGCCCAGUUUUGAGUUUUGUCAGGUUUUAAGCAGAGAUCAUUUGUCAGCUAUUUUGAUCCCACAUUUGAAAAUUUUGGGAGGAAGGGAGGAGCCAUUGACUUGAUGGGCAUAUCAUAAUCCAUUCAAGGAAAUGGUCCUCAGUAUCUCAGAGGUGAAGGGAAUAUGUGAAGCUCUGGGCCACUACAAGGAUCCCUGACUUACUGAUUGGCCCCAAAGUGCCCAGGCUGAGGGCAUAGGAGCAUGAUGAGAUGCAGGGAUGCAGGACUGUCAAGGCGCACUUCCACCAACUGGUGGAGGCAGUCUGUGGGGUAGGAGACCUAAAGGUAUAGGGAAAGUGCUUAACCCAGGCUUCUCUGCAUCAAGAGUGGAGGUGCAAGGUGAGCAUCUCAAUGCUGCAUGGGAUGGGAGGAUAGGGAGGUGUUGCCCACUGCCUCUGUUCAACCAGCACCAUGGCUAACUGUGUGCCUGCUGUUGUCAGACAGCAAGGGUCACCUGUCCUGGAGAUCCCAGCUCUGCCUGCCACCCUGCUGCUGACUCAGUGUCGGCAGAAUUGCUGAGAUGGGCCAGGUUGCCUUGGCCUGGAGUGUUCAUCCUUUCAUUGCCAUCAUUCUGGUGCUAAGUGUUCAACAGCAUUUUCUGGUCUGGCCGACAAUGUCCUGUUGCUCUUGCCUGUGGGAUCUGUCCAGAUCUUUUUGGUAUUUAAAUUAAGCUAACUACAGCCAGAGUGGCUUGGAAUUCCUAGUGUAGUGGCUUAGAGUAUGGGCUCAAAAGCUCUUGAGCCAGAUGCCUGGGUUCAAAUCUCACCUAUACUACUUACUAGGUAGAUGACCUUGAGCAAGUCACUUAACUACUCUAUGCCUCGUUUAAAAUUACUUACAACUACAUGUAAAAGGGAGAUGAUACUGCCACCUACCUAUGUACCUACCUGCUAGGGCUGUUAUGGGGAUUGAAGGUGAUCAUACAUGGAAAGUGCUUAGCAGAACACUGCAUGUGUGUGUGGUCAUUAAUUUGCUAUUCCUUGUCCUAUUCAGAAAGGAUUUCAAGAGGCUGGAUGCCUUAAAUGUGGCCCACUAACUUGAAAUCUUCAUGUGGGUGUGCAUCUGUUUUGUUUACUCCUGUGCCAGGCACAAAAUAAGAUACUUCAUAAAUAUUUGUUAUAUAGGUGAAAGGGCCUGCUCAGAGUUGAUGAGCUGGAUUAAAGUGACGUCUUAAGGA